AUGGACAAGAUAAGUGGGUUUUCUGAUGAUGAAUUGCUUGUUAAGAUCUUAUCUUUUCUUCCAACAAAAGUUGCGGUAAGCACUAGUAUUUUGUCCAAGCAAUGGAAGUUUCUUUGGAUGCGGGUGCCAAAACUUGAGUACGAUGACGUUAGCAUUUAUACGAAACGAAUUAAGACUCAACGUAUGCUCUCCAAAGACGGUAACAGUAUUAACGAAUCUUUACUUAUGUCGGAAGAAAGCCAGAGGAUGCAGAGUUUUAUCAACAAGAAUCUGCCAUUACAUAGCUCUCCGGUCAUAGAGAGCUUGUGUCUCAGAUUUUCUACUGCGCCAUUUCAACCUCAAGAUGUCAAAUGGUGGGUUGAGAUUGCAGUUUCUCGUUCUCUUCAGGAGCUAAACCUCAAUUAUUUAGUUCCUUGUAAUGCAUUGCUGCCGAGUAGCUUGUAUACUUGCAAAUCACUUGUGACAUUGAAACUAAAAGGCCGCGUUCUUGUGGAUGUUCCUCAAGUUUUUGGCGGCCUCCCCUCUUUGAAAACAUUGCACCUUGAACGUGUGGUAUACGCAGAUGAAGAAUCUCUUCAACGGCUUUUAUCUAAUUGCUCUGUUUUGGAAGAUCUGGUUUUGAAACGAUGUGCAUAUCAGAAUGUGAAAAAGGUUGUUGUUAUCAUCCCGUCACUGCUUAGUUUAUCCUUGGAGAUAUCAAAAUUUGCUCCUGAAGCGUAUGUGAUAGAUACUCCUUCUUUGAAGUAUUUCAAAGCUACACAUAGAGAUACUCCCUCAUGUUUGAUAGUGAAUAUGCCUAAGCUGGAGGAGGUAGAGAUCACUACUGGUCUUUCGUCAGGUAUCAAGAACCUUCUUGAACAUGUCAUAUCUGCCAAACGUCUUUCAUUGUGCAUAAUAGACCAAAGUGCAGAGGUAAUUGAAUCCGCUGUAUAUGGUGAUGGUAUUGUCUUUAAGGAGCUUGAACAUCUGAAGUUUUGCAUAGUUAACGCAUAUCGUUGGUCCAAGUUACUACUCUGGUUACUCAAAGCUUCUCCUAAGCUACGUGACUUGGAGUUCGAUGAUAACUUUUCACGUGAACGUAUGGAUAACCUGGUUUGCUGAAAACAACUGACUAAUGUUCCUCAAUGUUUGUUGUCGAGUCUCCAAACUUUCAAGUGGUCAGGUGAUCAUGCCUCUGUAGAAGGGAAAUAUAUUGCUACACAUAUCUUGAGAAUUUCUUGCCAGUUAAAGACUGCAACAAUCUCGAUUGGGCAAGGAUUGGAUCCACAAAAGAAGCUUGAGAUGGAGCUGGAGGUGAAAGAUUGUUUCCGUGCUUCACCCUCAUGCAACCUCGUAUUUGAGUUUGAUGAUUCAAAUUUUGAAAGAGAUAUCUAUCUUCUUGCAUAUGACAUCUUUUGUUGCAUUUGA